CUCUUUCCCACGCCUUUCUCCUACAACUCCUCGUGUGUCUGAGCCGUGCCGUGGAGAAAUGGAAAUGGACGGAGGGUGGAGCGGAGUGGUGGUGGGUUACAGUCCUGGAAUGUGUGCGCGCUCCCGAUCACUCGCUCGCCCUCCGCGCUCGUCGUCAGACACAGAGACUGGACGGGCGUGUGCGCGCAGCCCGCGGCCGGUAGGUCUGGAAGUAAAAAAAAAAAAAAAAAAAAAAAAGAGGAGGAGGAGGAGGAGGCAGGAACCAGGGGGAAUGAUGGCGGUGAGCAGGAACAAGGGACAAGUCUCAUAAUACUGUAAAAAACUGAGACGUGAAGCGAUCUUUCGGCGUCCAACACGAUGAAGCAACUACGAGAUGACUCGGUGCUGCGUGUGUUUAGUUGAGACAACAGUGCUCCCGAGAAGCUCCGCCGGACCCAUGGCAUCGGUCGCGUAAAGUCAGAGGGGGAUAAUAGUUAAUCUACAAACACUGUUACCCACACCAAAUCCGGCUUUUUUUUCCGAAUUGGGCUUCAGCUACAAAACAAGCGAAAAUGCUCAAAGCAGAAAACAAAGGAGGCGAGAGGAAUCUGCGGAGCGCAUCACCUCACAGAAAUGCGUACAAGUCUGACUUCCACGCUAUUAAAUGCACCUUUGAUGGGCCCAAAUCCGAAGGGUCCUCUAAGACCUUUGCCAAUGGAUCCAGUGACACCAGGGAGGAUUCACGGGGACGGCCUUUCGGGACCAGAGUGAACAAGAUAAAGAACAUAUUCCUACAGAUGGAUGGCCAGCAACAGGAGAGCCAAGAAGGGAAAGUCACUUUAAAACCUGAGGUGUCCGCGGUGUCUCCGCCAAAGGCGCAGUUUCCAGCCAGUCCUCACAGAAACAUCAACAGCGCUGCGAGUCCAGAAUCACACAAUUUAGAUAAAACACCCAAGGGGGAAGAUGUUGAAAUCGACAAAGUGGCUUUGGCAGAGAAGUUUUCUGUUACCAGAAAGCUCUUCGAAAGGGCCAGCAAAGAGCAGCCUGUGGCCGAGAAGCAGUCUCCAAACAGAGUAGUAAAUCGCUUGUCCCUCGGAAGUGCCUCCGAUGAGGGGAAAAGCUCGAGGAGAGUAUCCGGAUCCUCCGAGACCACUGCCCAGUCGGAGCAAACUUCUCCGUCAGCAGUUAAAAGUCAACCAGACGAGAAGGCUGACAGCGAGAAAAGGCACACGCCCAGAGUGUCGCUGAAUGCGGGGCCCAUGUCAAAGAGGUUGGAGAAUUAUAUGGUUGACAAUGACUCUGAGGACAACAAAAACGCUGCUGCGAAGGGAGGAAAGGUGUCUGCAAAACAACACAGUACCACUGAACACAUACUGCCUACCUCUCCAACAAGGGACAGUUUUUACAAGCCAGCCUGCCCUGUCAGAGAAGCCACCGACGCUUCACUUCUAACCGAUGCCACUAGCAAAAAUAAAGACAACAAACCAGUGUCUUCUGUGUGCAGUUCGGGCCCUAAACCAACGUUUCCAGUUACCAACGCAGCAUCCAAGUCUGUGCCUUUGACAGCUGAUGCCACUCACAGAGCCUUGUCACCAGAGCCGGUGACCCCAAUCAGCCAUGGCUACAAGUCUUCCUCAUCGUCCGGUGAUGGAUUUAGUGCAACAUUUGUUUGCAGCAAGCCGCAUAGUCCACCCCCAAGGGACGUGGAGCAGCCGCUCCCAUCAGCUGGUGGCUUUCAGAACGCAAUUAGGUCAAAACACUCUGAGCAAACCAAAAGUCAUGACAGUGUGGUGCACAGCCCUACUGGGGACAAGCCACCCAGCCAGACUCCAUCAAUGGACUCUAGGGGAGUGAGCAUGGUACGGGCAGAGUUGGUGGUGGUUCAGAACGAAUCUUCCGAGAGUGAGGAAAAUGAGGAGGAUAACGUUGAAGACAGUGUGUUUGAAGAGCAGAAGGUGCAACGCACCAAAGAACCACCGCCUGACCUGAAAAGAACCUUCCCGCCAGACCAGCAGAACUGUAACCCUGCUCAUCAGCUCCUAUCAAAAGAUCACACAAGAGACGCGCAAAGGUUAGAAGAGACUGUGGGUGAAGGUAGAUACUUGGAAGAUAACAAGGAUUUUGGGUUGAACGAAAAGAAACCGCAAGAAAAUAUAGUAGUGAGCCAGGAUGGGGAAGAUGCUCGUGAUGAAGACGAUGAGGCAGGGGAGGAGGAGGGUGAGCCGGAGGAGCAGGUGGGCAAGAGCGUACAGGAUAGAGCCUCGCCGGUCGUGUACGGUAUUGAGAACGCAGCAUUUGUGGAUGACAGGGAUGUAGACCAGGUCCUCAGGGAAGAGGAGGAGGAGGAGGCGGAGGAAGAGGAAGACGAAGACGAGGGGGAGGAGGAUCAAGUGUACGGGGAAUAUGAUGACUGUUAUGAGGCCCCCGGUCUGUCGGAUGAGGAUGAGCCCCCCCUAAGGAGGAAAAUCAAGUUCUCCACAGAUCCCAUUCUAGUCUUCAGUACCUUCUCCAAUGAAGAUUAUGACCGACGUAAUGAUGAUGUUGACCCAGUCGCAGCAUCUGCAGAGUACGAACUUGAGAAGAGAGUGGAGAAGAUGGAUGUAUUCCCUGUGGAGAUUGAGAAAGGAGACAAUGGGCUAGGCAUCAGUAUCAUAGGAAUGGGAGUGGGAGCUGACCAGGGUCUGGAAAAACUUGGCAUUUUUGUGAAAACCAUAACGGAGCAAGGAGCAGCUGAGAAAGACGGACGCAUACAGGUGAAUGAUCAGAUAGUGGAGGUGGAUGGUAUCAGUUUGGUGGGAGUCACCCAGCUGUUUGCUGCUACAGUCCUAAAGAACACCAAAGGAACAGUGAGGUUCCUGAUUGGUCGGGAGAAGCCAGGAACACAGAGUGAGGUAGCCCGCCUCAUUAGCGAGACCCUAGAGCAGGAGAAGAACCAGCAGCAGCAGCGACACCACCUGGAUGACCCCUAUGAACACUCAACAGAGGAGGAGGAGCGUUAUGAGGACGAGGAUGGAGUGGAGGAAAGGAUUCUGGGCUCAAAUUUCUCUCCAGGGCGGAACGUAGAGGUGUAUGAGCUUCCUGACUCAGAGACCUACUUUAUGCCAUCUAACAUGGACAGCUCUCAGAUGGCCUUCAAGUUCAAAGAGCUACAGCUUAAACACAGCAUUGCCGCAGCUGAAAUAAACCAACUGAAAGAACAGCUAAGGGCGUCUGAAGAGGACAAAUCCUCGUGGGAAGCCAGGGAGUCAGCACUUGAGCAAAAGGUCGAGGAUAACAACGAAAAGAUCCUGAAGUUGGAGAAUUACUGGCUGGAAGCCCAGGCUCUGUGUAAAAGUGUGAAUGAACAAUUAGCUGAGGCUCAGGCCCAGCAUGAGGCCCUCGACAAGAAGUACAACAAGGCCAAGAAACUGCUCAAGGACUACCAGCAGAAAGAGAUAGACUUUGUGAAGAAGGAGGAGGAGCUGAAAAAGAAUCUAGAUGAAAAAGAGAAGUGGUACAUGGAGCAGUUGGAGAGCUUGCAGAACAGGAUAGCUGUCCUGGAGUCCAGAGAGCCUUCAGUCGUGGAGUGUCCCACUGGUCAGGAAUUUUCUGCAAAGAGACUAAGCAGCCAAGACUCGGUCACCAACGCACAAUCAGUUGACUCACUGCCAGAAGAAGACUGGAGUGAGUUGGUCCCUGAGACCGAGCGCUUGGACACCAGCGCACACAGAGCGAAAGGCCUGCUGGCUCAGAAGGCCAAACGUCAGCCCCCGUCUCGGAACAAACUGAAGGAGGGCCUUGCUGUGGCUUCGAGUCAGUCUCAGGAAACUGAUGAAGACGAUGAGCAGGAGGAGCAGGAAUCUCCCAGGAGGAGGAGGUCCAUACAGGAGAGCCUGUCCCUCCCGGUGCCUGUCUGCUAUCCUGGGAACGGACAGAAAAAUGAUCCGGGCGAGAUUAAAGAUGGAUCCAGGAGUAAGGCGGAUCUUUCGAGUAGCCCGUCUUUAUCACCGUCACAGGGGGAGAGUGUCGAAAGCAUUGGGAGCCCAUCUUUGUCUCCACCGAAAAACAACUCCUCACCACAUUCUCCCACUGGUUUCAUGCGCAAUGUCAAAAAGAGGGAUCCCAAAGGCAAGGGCAAAGAGCUGAAAGAGGAGUUAAAUGAGGCUUCAUCGGCAGGAAAACCCAAACGCAGAUUUCCAGACUUUGGAGGCCUCCGGAAGUCAGGUGGCAAGGGGAAAAAACACGACAAGGAAGCGACGAGGGCAUCUCUGGACAGCAGGGGGUCAGCAGAGUUGCUGGAGGAAUCUGGAGGGAACCUGUCUCCCGCAGACUCGAUGACCUCCAUCCCCACCUGUAUGCCGUUCUCCUGGUUUGGAGACAAGGACAAGGACAGGGACAGGGACAGAGACAGGGACAGAGACAGAGAGCCCUCCUCUUCCAGCAGCAGCCUGCCAUAUGUCGCCAAUGACACCGGCAGUGAGCAAAGCCAGGAUCGCAAGAAUAAGACAAAUCUCUCCUGGUCCUCUUUAUUCAGUCGCUCGUUAGAUUUGAGUUUUUCAGUCAUAGAUGAUUCUAACGCUGCCAGUCCCCGUUCAGACAUCUCUGGGUUAGUCGCUGAACCCAAUCUGUCUGGGCGCUCACACACUUUAAUCUUCUCUUCCAGCGAGACUCUAGAUGAUGAACCAGUAGCCACAGGAAAAGAGUAUCAGUGGCAGAACCGGCCGGUCUCUGAAUGGACUAAUCAGCAAGUCUGUCACUGGUUGAUGGGCAUGAACAUGGAUCAGUACACACCUGAGUUCACAGCUAAGGGAGUGGAUGGACAGCAGCUCCUGCAGUUGGACAGUGACAAGUUGAAGGUUCUCGGCGUGUCAAGUCAGAGUGACCGUUCCACUAUCAAGAAAAAGCUGAAGGACAUGCGUAAGGCUCAGGAGAAGCUGGAGAAACAGAGGGAGAAAAGGGAGAAGGAGGGCCGACGUAGUGGGAGACCGCCGCCGCCACCACCAGCUGCCUCUGACUCGGUCUGCUGAGGUAUCAGCUCUGUAGUCUGAAUUCAUUCAAGUCUCAUAAAGUUCAUCACGGUGCACAAACCCUGAGAAACAUUGUCUUUGGCUGACGUGACUGUGCCAGUACUUCCACGCUGCCUGAUGGGCCAGUUGUGAUCGAUCCUGUAACUUCUCGCUUUUCUCCCAAACACGUAAUCAAACUUCAGCUUCGAACAUUUUAACUAAAAUAUGGGGAAUGUCAAACAGUUGGGUAUGUGACCAAAAAGAUAUCCUAACAUUUUUUUACCACUAAAAAGCUAGAAGCUAUAAUUAUUAUUAAAGUCUAUAUACAGAUAUAAUGUAGUUUUUCCAGAUCAUGCACACAUUGCCUAUGGAAGUCAAAUGUAUACUGCUCUUUUUGCAUUUUAUAUUUUUGCUAAUAUGAUAUCCAUGAUUCUUCAAGUCUUUGCAGGAGCGGUUAUUGUACAGAUCAGAUAAAAGCACUAUAUUUGCCUUUUAAGCUUCAAUGGGCGACAAGGUUUAAAAUGUAUAAAUGAGUUUUAUACAUGUGCCUAUUAACUGCAUAUCUUUUUUUUUUUUUUUUUUUACUUAAGAACCAUGAUUCAUUUUAUACUAUCUAAAAUUUUCUACUAAGUAGAAUAGCUAGAGCGUUGCUUUUUGCUGAAUGAAAAAAGCAGCAAACAAAUCAAGUCGGGACGAGGUGAACGCUGCUCUGCUGUCCCUGACUCUGUGUCGCUGAGAUGGUACCAUGAUGCUCCGUGUAAAUACACACAGUAUGCAGGUCUGCUACGGCCGGACGGCAGGAUGAGUCUGUGACAAGGACCCGGUGUGCGUCGGGAGCAGUGUCGUGCGUGUCUGAAUGUGAGGCCGAGCAGUAAGGGUUCACAAAGCCGACCCAAGUGCUUCCUUUCUUCUUUGUAAGCGUCACUUCAUGUUCUGUAUCGAAUACGUCAACGUGCUGGACUCUUCUAUCGGCCUAAAUCUGAGAAACGAUUCUUGGUACAUACAGCAUCAAUAAACUAAUUUUCACUGUA